CUGCUCCGCAGAGGAAGUCGCCGCGAUGUCCGAGACCGCUCCCACCGCCGCCCCCGAUGCGCCCGCGCCCGGCGCCAAGGCCGCCGCCAAGAAGCCGAAGAAGGCGGCGAGCGGCUCCAAAGCCCGCAAGCCCGCGGGGCCCAGCGUCACCGAGCUCAUCACCAAGGCCGUGUCCGCCUCCAAGGAGCGCAAGGGGCUCUCCCUCGCCGCGCUCAAGAAGGCGCUGGCCGCCGGCGGCUACGAUGUGGAGAAGAACAACAGCCGCAUCAAGCUGGGGCUCAAGAGCCUCGUCAGCAAGGGCACCCUGGUGCAGACCAAGGGCACCGGCGCCUCCGGCUCUUUUCGUCUUAACAAGAAGCCCGGAGAAGUGAAAGAAAAAGCCCCCAAGAAGAGAACGGCUGCGGCCAAGCCCAAGAAGCCGGCGGCUAAGAAGCCCGCCAGCGCUGCCAAGAAGCCCAAGAAGGCGGCGGCGGUGAAGAAGAGCCCCAAGAAGGCGAAGAAGCCGGCGGCUGCAGCUGCCAAGAAAGCGGCCAAGAGCCCCAAGAAAGCCGCAAAGGCAGGCCGCCCCAAGAAGGCAGCGAAGAGCCCGGCUAAGGCGAAGGCGGUGAAGCCCAAGGCAGCCAAGCCCAAGGCGGCCAAACCCAAAGCGGCCAAGGCAAAGAAGGCGGCUCCCAAGAAGAAGUAAAUUGUACCAGGAGAGUUUUGUUUUACAUACUUUGUUAUCCAACGGCUCUUUUAAGAGCCACCCACACUUUCCCUAAAGGAGCUGAUGCACCGAGGUCGUCCGUAACCUGCAGCAAGGGUCCAGCAAUUCGUAAGUCGUCAAGAGGUCAAUUGUGUCUUGUGUUUUUUGUUCCCUAGGAUUACCGAAAGAGAGCCUAAAGAACGCGGUAGAGCGCGGCGGCUUUAGGGAAGUGUAGACAUUUGUUUUUCCUCCGGGUGAUUACUUUGACUACCGAGAAACG